AUCCAACAUGGAGUAGAGGCGGCGAUGGGGCUGGCCCGGGGCCGCCGCCUGCUGCUCGCCCCGCGCCCGGCCCGAGCGGCGCCCUGAGCGGAGCGGAGAGCAGAGUCCGGCCCAGCCCAGCGCGGCCCCCCCCCCCCUCGCCCUCCGCCGCCGCCCCGCAGCCAGGCGGCCUCCCCGCGAUGUAGAGCCCCGGGCGGCCGCGGAAGAUGAAGAGGCGCAGCGCGGCUGCCCGCGGCGGGGGCUGAGCUUCAGCGGGGGGAAGAUGACCGAGGACGGCCGCCCGGACGAUGACAGCUAUAUUGUUAGAGUCAAAGCUGUGGUUAUGACCCGAGAUGACUCCAGUGGGGGAUGGCUUCCUCAAGAAGGAGGCGGCCUUAGUCGAGUUGGCGUCUGCAAGAUUAUGUACCCUGAGGGCAGUGGCAGAAGUGGAUUUCUGAUUCAUGGGGAAAGGCAAAAAGACAAGCUGGUGGUACUGGAAUGCUAUGUGAAAAAGGACUUGAUUUACACUAAAGCAAACCCUACAUUUCACCACUGGAGAGUUGACAACCGCAAGUUUGGGCUGACGUUUCUAAGUCCUGCCGACGCCCGUGCAUUUGACAGAGGUGUAAGGAAAGCCAUUGAAGAUCUCAACGAAGGAUCCACGACUUCCUCCUCCACCAUCCAUAAUGAGACUGAAGUUGGAGAUGACGAUGUCUUUACAAACGCUACAGACAGCUCUUCUAAUUCUUCUCAAAAGAGGGAGCAGCCUUUGCAAACACUAGCAUCUCCUCCGUCCUGCGAUCAUCACAGAAUUUGCACCCUGGGACGUCUUCAUGAGCACUUUAGCUCGGACCACUACCAUCUAGAACAAUCACUCCCAAGAUCUUAUUGUCACGCCAACUUUCCAGAUGACGAUGAAGAAAUUGUGCGGAUCAAUCCACGGGAAAAGAUCUGGGUGACAGGUUACGAGGACUACCGCCAUACCCCUAUGCGGGGGACGUACAUUGAUCCGGACGACGGAGACUCAUACGUUGAGUUUGCCAAAAGUGGGGCUCCCAAACACGAUUACACUUACCCCUACGUGGGCAACUCGGACUUCGACCUGGGGGAUGACCUCAAGGGUACUGUGGUAAAGACUCAGCCUACCCGCUGCAAACCAGGGCGGUGGAAGGAAGAUGGAGAGAGGUCACGGUGUGUCUACUGCAGGGACAUGUUCAAUCAUGAAGAAAACCGGCGGGGUCAGUGCCAGGACGCUCCGGACCGCGCGAGGAGCUGCAUCCGCAGAGUCAGCUGUAUGUGGUGUGCUGAUAGUAUGCUGUAUCACUGCAUGUCUGAUCCCGAAGGAGACUAUACAGACCCUUGUUCUUGCGACACCAGUGACGAAAAGUUUUGCCUCCGGUGGUUGGCUCUUAUCGCCUUGUCCUUUAUUGCCCCUUGUAUGUGCUGUUACUUGCCGCUGCGGGCUUGUUACCGCUGCGGGGUCGCGUGCAAGUGCUGCGGCGGGAAACACAAGGCGGCUGGAUGACGACACUCAAAGCUUGUGAAGUACGUUUUACGUUUUAUGUUUUCUUUUUAACUAAGGAGCACCUUGGUCUGGAGCAUUCUUAAAAGCUAUAUACAUCGGGAUACAGCCCGGGAGCCGGAUGGAAUUCAGAAACCCGGUUGGCUCACUCUUUCCCUCUCUCCCCGUUGGCUGCUAUGCAUCGAUUGCUCACCGACUCCUAACAGACUAAUGUGCGGCAUAGACUUCUGUAUUAUUAAUCUGUAACGAGCCGAAUGUCCUGUACAUGUUUAUACCUCCCUCCCCCACACCCCCACUGAGAGAUCACAGAAGCAGGAACAGUUCAGUGGGAUGGACUUUCAGACAUCUCAAGGUUGGUAUCUCCACGGCAAGCUUGUUAGCACCCGUGAAAACGUAACAGAGAAAAAUCCCACUUCAGAAGUGUGUUCAACUUGCAGCCAGUUGCUGUUGUGUGUGUGAACAGAGGCUGUGUUUGUUCACAGGGUGUACCGUGGCACAGUAUUGUUGACAAUCUUUAGCGAAACGAUUCAAGCCAGCAGCAGAUUUCUCCUCCAGGGGUCCGUCGCCAUUUCUUUCAACAGUCGCUUUCAGUGGUUUCUCAGAAUUUCAAUCAAGUGAAGGAUGUGAGCCUUACUAUGUGAAGUGAAGCCUUACUUCACUUCAGAACAAUUAUCAAUGAAAGGCAGGGCUUUUUUUCAGCUGGAACGCGGUGGGACAGAGUUCCGGCACCUCUUGA